GCGCACCAGGAAGCCACCGCCUCCAGCUGAAUGCGCGAAUCCCGGCGCGGGGUGGGGCAGGGGCGGGCACGGUCUUCAGUAACUGCCCAGCGAUUGGUUGGGAGGCACCACAAAUGCCUAACAAACUGCUGAAGCGCCCUCCGAAGGGACAGACCUCAUCUCCACCCCGCCCCGUCCCUCCGCCAGACUGGAGCGCAAACUAUGGUCGCAUUGAUCACUGAAGGACCCUCACAGCAACCGCUCCUUUCCGGAGUCGGAUGAGAGGAGAGUUGUGACUGGCAAUUGGCAGGGGCGGGGCGGGCUAGGCCUGUAGCGCUGGGCGACCGUCCUGGGCAUGGAUUGGGCCGCGGGGUUGUCACCGUUAUCCGGGAGGCGUGGUCAGCACUAAUAAAGGCGGGGGCCGGCGCGGCAGCUGCAGUAAGUUCCACCGCAGCUAGACCGCGGGGUGGUCGGCGCGAGGCGGAGCUUGGCAGUUCCGUCCACUUCAGCCGCAGCGUCCCUCGCCGGGUGUCUCGCCGCAGCCUCCGGAGAGGAACAGACCCUCACUCUCUCUGUCAGAAAAAUGUCUGCUCCAGCUCAGCCACCUGCUGAAGGGACAGAAGGGACUGCCCCAGGUGGGGGUCCCCCUGGCCCUCCUCCUAACAUGACCAGUAACAGACGACUACAGCAAACCCAGGCACAAGUGGAGGAGGUGGUGGACAUCAUACGUGUGAACGUGGACAAGGUCCUGGAGAGGGACCAGAAGCUGUCAGAGCUGGAUGACCGAGCUGAUGCCUUGCAGGCAGGAGCAUCACAAUUUGAGAGCAGUGCUGCAAAGCUAAAGAGGAAGUAUUGGUGGAAAAACUGCAAGAUGAUGAUCAUGCUGGGAGCCAUCUGUGCCAUCAUCGUGGUAGUUAUUGUAAUCUACUUUUUUACUUGAGAAUGUACCACCCCUUCCCUGUUCUCCAUUGCCAUCCACAUUCAUGUCCUCUGCCCUCUGUUUGCUCUCUCAACACACUUCCCCACCCACCGUCCUCCAUUCCAGCCCAGGCUUCUCCAUCACCCAUUCCUCCUUUUUCGUUGCGUUCAUUUGCACUCUGUCCCUCAACACUAGAAAUGCUGCUCGUGGCACAAUCUAAGUCACUACCCGAAGAGCAACAGCUGGCGCCUCCUCCCCGCCUGCUUUUUCUGUACUCUCAAGUUCCCCCAAAGCCCCAAAGAGUUGGAGGCCAAGGGAAGGGGCAGGGAGGGGAGUGGCUGAGGCGAAGUACCCAUGAAGCUGCCCAGACUUGGGAGGAGAAGAGUAUCGGUGCCCAUGGUGACUUCUAGAAAACCUGGCCACUGGUAGGAGCUAGGGAGGGGCUGGGAAGAUGACAGCUCACUCAGUGCUGCCUGGUCGUGUGGAGCUUUCCCUCCUGGGCCAGGCCUGGAGAGGGUCCUGGGGGUGGACCAAAGUCCAACUUGGUUUCAGUGCAGUACCCUUUUCGAAAGUAAAAACUUGUUUUUUGUAGUUAUUUCUAAUCUGUUCGUCCAGGAUUUUCCGUGUCUUUGGGGAUCUUACAACUUGACUUUGUUCUCCAGAGGCCUGGAGAACACUUAGGGAUUGUGAAAAUAGCAGGACUUGUUUCCAUCCUAGAAGCAGUCCCAUGUGCUUCUAGCUGGAAGGAGCUUUCUCUUCUUUACAUUUUCUACAGCAUUCUGUAUGAGGGCACCAAAUAAAUCCAUCUAGCUGGUAGUUUUAUCUAGCCAAAUAAUUUAACCUAGCUCCCAGUUAAUUGUUGGCAUAAAGAGAGAGAUUGCCUGUUAGUUAUAGAGAAACAGUGAGUCAAGUGCUUAAUUUGAAAGUAACAAGCUCAGAGGAAGCCACUCCUUGCCCUCGUUAAAGAGGGUCCUGUUCCUCUCUUCCUGUUGAUGAAGGAGCGUGAGGGUGUUAGCAGUGUGAGAUCUUUGGACACCCAUGGAAUCCUUUCCUCCACACCACCCGUGCACUUGCCAAAGACAGGGAUGAGGCAAGAGGUUCUUCCUGAGGCCCGGCCGAUCCUCAGGAUGCAGAGAAGUCAUGUAGACCCACCAGCCCCACCUUGGGGGGAGGCGUGCCAGCCUGUGACAGGUGUGCUUGUGUAUUGCUGUGCUGUCAUGGGGCCCUCUCCUUGAGAGCCGCCUCUCUGUUCUUCCUGUAGUAUAUUCCCCUUUGAACCACCCUUUCCUGUCUGAAUUCUACUUUGCCUCCUUUCUCUUCCUCCUCUUUGCAUGGUUUGUGUGUAUAGACAGUGGAACCUGAGGAUGGGAUCUGCUCAGCCUAUCUUCGGGGCAAUUGCUGAGCUUCAGGAUGGGCUAUUAAUGUGGGAUAAGCCCAGGUGCAAGGGGAGGAGGGCAGGCUGGGAACAGAGCGGGGAAUGCCCAUGGCCCUUUAUUCCUUCUUCCCUCGGUCCACGAACAGGAAGAGGCUGAGGCCAUGCUGGGCAGGGUCUGGAUGCCCACUUUCCAUGCAGCAGCAUUUCAUUGCGCAAAACCAUCCUUCCUUUCCCUUCGCCCUUGUUUCCCACAUUCCCUUCGUCCUGCCCAAGGGCGGGACUGAAGAGCUGGAAGAAAGCAGUCAGUACCCUCCCAACGGCCCCCCUCGAAGGUCUCCACUCUCCUCUGGGCUCCUCCUUGCCUAAUGCAGGGGGUCACCGCUGGAGAAGAACCACCACUGUCCUCGAUGUGUCCCAAGCCUGGAGCGAAUCCAUCCUCUUGGCUCUCCCAGCCCUAUCACAGGAAUCAUUCCUGGGUUUCUGUCCCUCUGAGGCUCACCAGGCGUAGUUGGCCUUGUUCUUUGGGGGUAUUAGCCCUUCUACUUUCUUUCUCACCCACCCUGUACCCUCUUCUGUGUGUCUUUGCUAUCCCCCUUUCCUCCCACCACCCAUGUGCAUGAGCAAAUGUGCAACAAAACCCCGGGACUUUGCAGUCAAAUGAAGCUGAGCUUCCCACAUCCCAUUCUUCGGUUUGCCAUGAGACGAUGUGGGGUUUCCACUGUGUGUCUGUCAUCACCUCUUUGUCUUUUUUUCCUAACCCUGAUCUCAUACUUGUAUAGAGUAAUAACAACAGUUGUACUUCCACCAAAGGCAUGUGGCAUAUUUACCAAUGUCAUGUAUUCUGAACAAAGGCAAAAAAUACAAAUUCCUACCAUUAAA